AUGUCGAAACGCCACCUCUUUGAGUCCCCCGAUGGACUCGUGAACAAAGCUCUCCGGGGUAUUAUAGCGUACAACCCAUCUUUAAGCCUGGACGAGGCAAACCGGGUGGUGUUUGACACCGCCUACGAUAGAUCCAAAGUCAGUAUCAUCAGCGGAGGAGGCUCGGGUCAUGAGCCCGCCUGGUCUGGCUAUGUGGGCAAGAACCUCCUGGCAGCAUCUGUAGCUGGCGAUAUCUUCGCCAGUCCCAGCACGAAACAGAUCCUCGCCGGUAUUGAUGCGGUUCCUUCGGAUAAGGGCACCAUUCUGGUCGUCACAAACUACACGGGAGACUGCCUGCACUUUGGCCUCGCCAACGAGAAGGCUAUUGCACGGGGUCACAAGAGCCGCAUGAUCAUCUGCGGGGACGAUGUUUCUGUGGGCAGGCAGGGCAGUCUGGUUGGCCGGCGAGGUCUUGCCGGCCAGCUUGGUGUGCUCAAGGUCAUGGGCGGUGCAUCGGGUGCUGGCGCAACAUUAGACCAGGUUUAUGAUCUCGGCGUGGCAUUCUCACAGCAGAUCGUCUCAAUUGCGGCAACACUCGACCACUGCCACGUCCCCGGUCGGACAGAGCACGGCAUGCUUGGUAGCGACGAGGUUGAACUGGGUACGGGUCCUCACAAUGAGCCCGGAUAUCAGAAACUCUCACCCGUACCAUCGCCGGAAGAGCUGAUCCACAAGAUUUUGAAGUACUGCCUAGAUGAAAAUGACCCGAAUCGGGGCUAUGUCAACUUCACACCCGGAGACGAAACGAUGUUGCUCGUCAGCAACUUUGGCGGAAUGUCACACCUUGAGAUGGGAGCAUUAGUCGACGAGCUCCUCGAACAACUAGCACGAGACUGGAACAUUGAGCCGGUGAGGGUGGUCACCGGACCCCUGGAGACGUCCCUCAACGCGCCGGCCUUCUCCGUUUCGGUGAUCAACGUGACUGCUGCGGCCAAGAACUGCUCGUACUCGGUCGAGGAGAUCAAGUCCUUCUUUGACGUGCGCACCAACACAUACUGGGAGUCGAUGGCCGGAUCCCAGGCGCAGCAGCGCAGCCGGCAGCAGCAGUUCGUGCAUGCGCCGCUCGAGCCCAAGAAGACUGUCGACGACGCCAAAGACCUCAAGAUCGAUCCAGCAACACUUGACAGCAUGUUACGCCGGGCGUGUGCCGCGCUCGUCAAGGCUGAACCUGACCUCACCAAGUGGGACACAGUCAUGGGCGACGGCGACUGCGGCGAGACCCUCAAGACGGGAGCGAACUACCUCGUGGCGGCGCUGGACGCCAACCUUGCCGCCGGUGGCUCGGUCAUCGCCGUCUUGCAGGAGCUCGAGGACAUCGUGGAGAGCAAGAUGGGCGGCACGCUCGGCGGUAUUUUGGGCAUAUUUUUCGUGUCUCUGCGUACGGCCGUCGAGCAGAACGUCGACCAGGCCAUGGGCUCCGAAGGGGUGCCGGAACUGUGGGCGAAGGCGCUCAAGAUUGCCCUGGACAACCUGGGACGUUAUACGCCUGCCAAGGUCGGCGACCGCACCGUCAUGGACACGCUGAUUCCGUUCGCGGACGCCAUGGCCACGGGCAACUUCGACGAGGCUAUCGAGGCGGCGGUCAAGGGUGCCGAGGCCACAAAGACCAUGACGCCUCGUCUGGGCCGGGCGACGUACGUCGGUGCGGAUACCAGUAAGGUGCUGCCGCCCGACCCGGGUGCUUGGGGUGCGAUGGUGGCGAUUCAGGGGCUGAAAGAGGGCUUGUGA